AUGACAGCGCGGAAUAGAACGAGAAUACGAGCUCUCCAAGCCUGCCAAGAGUGUGCUACCACCAAAACCAAAUGCGACAACGGUAGUCCGUGCCAGCGUUGCGCCAGAAGGGGUCUGAGAUGCGUGCGCGACAUUGAUAUACAAGAUUGGGGCACGGACCGAGAGACCGAAUAUUCCAAUGCACUUGCCACGUCUCUUGAGCGCAAUGCUGAGACAUUAGGCAACGACUUCCGCGGUAUUGCGGAAGCGCUGGGAGCUGCCAUGAUCACGCCCAGCGCUUCUCUCACGGAUACGCAAGUUGCUGGUGCAUAUUCAACAUGUGAAUCUGCAUCACAAGAUACGAGUAUGAUCCCACCCUGUGCCGCUGAAUCAGAUCCCCUGGGCGCUGGCCGUGACAUGCCCGCGGGUCGGCGAGAAAACGACAACUUUGAUCUGACUACCCAAGAUGCCGAGUUCCUCGCUGCAUUCCCUGAUAUUUUCCUCGAGACUGAAAGUAGAGACCACCUGUUCAUGACACCAGAACAGGAUUUCGGCAUGUCGGAAUGGAUCAUGGAAGGCUCCAGCUCCGUACAAGCUACAGCCGCGGCCGCCGCCCCGGCAGGAGCUCCAAGUCCGGGAUAUAGCCUGCCAACGCCGACAGAGGAUGUCAGCGGUCAGAACCCCUUCAGAUUCGAUUUUUCUGUGCGUGAUCACUUGUUGGCAUUCGCCGUCGAUGCAUGCGAGCCUGAGCACCUGUCUACGGUGGUCUCGGCUUUUCCGACAUGCGAGGGCCUCGAAACACUGGCUCGGACGUUCCUGUCCUGGCAUGCGGAACAGGAAGAUACAUUUAUACACAAGGCGACAUUCAUUGUGGCCGAGGUAAGAACUGAACUCUUGAUGGCCGUUGUCGCUGGAGGCGCGGUCAGGUCUUCAAGUCAAGCAGUACAGCGAUUUGGUUUUGCUUUGCAUCGUGUAUUGGGCAUCCAACUUGCAAAGUUGACUGGGAAGCUGGAAAAGCCUGCUUCUGAGCUUCAAUUCCUCCAAGCAUAUGCUCUCUACAAUCACAUCGGAUUGUGGAGCAGUAACGAGCGUACCAUUGAAAUGGCCCAAGGAGGCAACGGAAGCCUCUUGAGUAUACUCCGUGGCUCUGGUCGUCUCCGACAAUCCUCUUACUCCCAUGUUUCAAUUUCUGGCAAUACAGGCUUGACUCCAGAUGGCCGGUGGAGGAAAUGGAUCACAGAAGAAUCGUACAAGAGGCUUGUGUUUUACGUUUUUGUACACAGCAAUCAGGAAUCCAUAAUGACAUUUGGUACCACACCACUGUCCUAUUUCGAACUAACCCUUCCCUUUCCAAUCACCAAAAGGGUCUGGGCAGCGUUAUCCGAUCAAGUCUGGCAAGAAAAUAUGACACAGCUCUCAGAUGGAAACGUCCAACUGGACCUGUCAAUUACCGAUUGUCUUGCAGACCUGUCCCGACUCGUGUCCUUGUCAAAUGCCUAUGACCAAACACUUUCGCGACUCCUUCUUCUCUAUGCGCUUUCGCCCAUGAUCCAGAGCUACCGCCACCUCCACAUGGCCCCGACCUGGAAUUGCGGUGCCGAUUCAAGUGGAGACCAUUUCUCCGAUAAUAUGCAUUAUCACUGGCUUCUCAGGCCAUUCGAAAACCUAAAAAACAUCUUUGAGCUCUACGAUCUCGACACAGGCUCUUCCACAACAUCACAAAUCCUAAUGGAGAUGCUUCAUCUGCAUCUGCACACGCCCUUGGACCAUCUGGAGCUGCUCACGGGCAAGACAGGACCGGCGGAAGCGCAGGCGUCGUACAAGCUUGUCUGCCGGUGGGUGGGCAGUCGCAUGGCGCGUCGGUCAGCCUGGUAUGCGGGCCAGUUACUUGGGAAAAUUCAAGACUUGCCAUCAGCGACCAUGACAGACUUUCACUGCAUCAUAGUGUACCAGGCUCUGUUGUGCUUAUGGGCAUAUGGGUCCAUAUCCAAUGGCGGCUCAGAGACCGGUGCUAUGGGUGGACAGCAAGUCGACGUUUCUCUGGCCGGAGAAGAGAUUGACAUUCCCCUGGACUCGAUGGAGAAUACAAACACUAAAAAAUGGAUCUCUGACCCAAUGUUCUCUGUCGGCAAGCUCGAUGCUGACAGCGCACUGUGUGAAUCUGAUCAAAAGUAA